CAAUGAAUGAUUCAUUUUUGCAGACAUCUGAGAGGACUUUAGAUGCCCCAGAUAUUUUGGAUGAUUACUACUUGAAUCUACUAGAUUGGGGAAGCAUCAAUGUUCUCUCUAUUGCUCUUGGCAGUACUGUUUACCUGUGGGAUGCUUCUGAGGGCAGCCUUGCUUAGCUCUUUAAGUGAGAAUUUAAAGAGUAACUCUUCAGACCAAUGAGUGUUUUCAUGCUAUUUAAAAUUUCUUUUUAACUCUUAAAAUCAUUGCUGUGGAACAAGAGUGAGAUCGAGUUGCUUAGCUCUCAUGGGUUUACUAAGAAUCAGCUCACGCUCUGGAAAUACCCACCCAUCAAUGGUUAAAAUGGCAGAGCUUACGGGACAUACCUCUCGAGUUCUUUUUAUGGCUCAGAGCCCAGAUGGUUGCACUGUUGCAUCUGCUGCAGGUGAUGAAACACUAAGAUUCUGGAAUGUUUUUGGAACCCCUGAAGUCAAAAAACAGGUUCCCAAGUCUAACCCGGAGCCGUUCGCUCAUGUUAACUGAAUCCGUUGAUGCCCGAUUUACUAUAUGCUCGAUGUAAUCUCGGUGCUAUUGGAGGCUUUCAAGACAAGGGGUUCAAGCAUUUGUUAGGCACUACUCAAAAGUGAAAGUUGAAUGCGAAGGGGAGGGGAUGGAAUGCUUAGGAUAUUGAUCUAUCUCUGAUGAGAUAAUGCUAUGGCUAAAAUGAUAGUGAUGCAAGUGAGCUGACAGUAGCGUAGUGGAGGAUGAAGAUAUGGCUGAAAAUGAGGUGCACAUACGGCGUAGCAAAUGUGACAGGAAGGCUCUGGUUUGGCAAGAUGAUUAUGAUAUUUAUUACUAGUUUAUAGUUUUUAUAUUGUGUAGUUAAUAAUUAAAUGAGCGUAAAUAAGAGCUCCUUUCCCAAAUCAUAGAGUUGCUGAACCCCCUGACUCGGAUGGGCAUUUUAGUCCAAGCAAAUUACGACUCUUUUUUGCCAAGCGGCAUCAAUAUAACCCUAGAACAGUUUGAAGCGAACCAUUCUCAAUCCCCUUCCGUUCUUUAUUCUACAUUCAAUUUUGAUUAAAUUUGUUGAUCCCUUAACGGUCUAAUAUUGUUUUUGCAGGUCCUUUUCUUUCCGAAUAUAUAUUUCUGUUUACAGCUGUUGUUUUUCGCUUCUUUUUUUUGUUUGUGUGUUAUUAACGUGAUGGAUGCAGGAUUAAGAAACUCUAUGUCAUCGAACAUGACUGGAUCCAGUCGUUUUCCUCUUCAGGAGCAGUAUCGUCAGAGAAAAAGCUCCCAUGAAAAUGUAUGU